CUGCUUCCGGCCAUGAACGCGGGGCUGGUUGACUACAGCAGCUCCGGCUCGGAGGGCGAGAGCGAGGCCGCCGCCGCCGCCCGGGAGAAAAGCAGCGGGGACGCUCGGCGGGCGCCGGCGGGCGGCCGCGGUUCCUCCUCUCCGCGCAGCAGAGCUGCAGCGCCCUCCCUCCCCAUGCCCGACAGUGUGCGGAGGAUGUUCAGAGAUCAGGAAGAGAAGGAAAUGGUGGUGGAUGACAGCAGCAAACACGGAGGCCGUCUGCGAACAUUUCCUCAUGAACGAGGCAACUGGGCGACCCAUGUGUACAUGCCAUAUGAAGCUGGGGAGGACUUUCUGGACUUACUGCAGCUCCUCCUGCUCUGUGGGCGCACUUACGUGCCUCUGCUGAAGGGACAGGGGGAAUUUCACAUCAGUCUCUCUCAAGGGGUGGUCUUGCGCCAUCACUGGAUUGACCCUUUCGUCCAGUCCCUCAAGGAACGCCUGGCUUCCUGCCACAGGUUCAUCUGCAGAGCAGAUCAAGUGAAGGUUUAUACCAAUCAGACCAAAACCAGGACUUUUGUUGGCUUAGAAGUCUCUUCCGGACAUUCUCAAAUCUUGGAGUUGGUUUCAGAAGUGGAUCAAGUUAUGGAGGAGUUUAACCUAAUGCCUUUCUACAAGGAUCCCUCGUUCCACCUCAGCCUCGCCUGGUGUGUGGGGAAUGUGUUGGAAGCACUUGAAGGCCAAUGUAUUCAGGAGCUGCAGGAGAUUGUGGAUGGGUUUGAGGACUCUUCGUAUUUUCUGCGAAUCCCUGGGACCGAAGUCCGUUGCAAAUCUGGCAAUAAGGUUUUCUCAUUCCCUCUGCAAUAGAAGCCCAGGAACAAUAACCAGCCGACUUGGGAUGGGCACUGUCAGCCCUUUUCCAAAGAUGGUCAGAGACGACGACGCUGGAUUCGCACGAAACCCAUUUGGAGCUCGACUGUGUGUGACAGCAGCAGCUCUUCCAAUGAGAACAUUUCAGGGCCAAGGCAGUUAGUGCCCUCCAGGCCUCUGCGAGUCCAGGUCCUAUCGAAUGUACUUCCAUUUCGUUCCACUCCAGUUCUCAGUUGCCUGGGGAAACUGAAAAUACAGCUCUCUAAACGGAGAGAGCCAAGUCAGAUCUUUCUCCAAGCUCCAGGACUUUGUCCUGUAGGAGGCUGAUCUGGAGGAUGACAGGUCCUGCUGGGAUGCCUUGGAGAUGCUGCCUGUCCUUAACACGAGACAUCUGGCCUGUCAGCACUCUUCAAGUAGGAAGCCUGCUGGUGUCUGGCCAUUCUGAGAGUGAAUGAAGAAAAGGAGAGGCAAUUUUCUUCAUGGUCAGUUUCAGAAACUUUGUGGCUUUCUUUUUAAUGGGCUACACUUACUUUGUCAAACAGCCACACUAGUCAGUGCUGGCUUUCUAAAGCCUCUGGAAGCCCAUGUGCUGGUCAAGAGUGUCCCAUCUCCCCCAGGCAGCCCCGAGGUCCCCCUGUUCUGCGUCUCACAUGCCCCAGGUUUCCAAGUUCUGUGGGGGAAAUGUGGCAGUUAGAAUGGUUUACAGACAGAGGUGCUGUCUUCUUACAGGAGGAAGCAAUUGGCCAUCUGCAAAGUGUCCAGCUAAGGGAGCGCUGGUGUGGCUGCUCUGUUAGAAAAACUGAAUAUUCGUGUUCUUGCAUCUUUUGCACAGCAAUGAAGGGCCAGGCCCAACCUGUUGAUGCAGCUCUGCAGAGGUAUAAAGCUUGGUGUUGUGCCUUGAUGUGUAAUCUAAGGUUCAUUUACAGAGCUUUGUUUGUAGAGAGACAUUAGCCUAGCUCCGUAUACAUUUACAGAGAAGCGUGUGGUGGUUACGAGGUGGGCUGAGCCUAUCUUUGUGCCCAGAAGGCUUCCCUGGUUAAAGCAGAACAGGGAGAAAAGGACCAAGCAUCAGUUAACUCAUUCUCUGCCUUGAUAGGUUUAAGACUCAGCUUAAAAAGGAAGGAAACGUCCAAAGGACAGCUGGGGAAAACGGGGUGGAUCAAUCUAGACUCUCUGCUCCCGAGCAGCUGUUCGAAUCCAGCCCUCUUGGGCCCACCAAGCUUGGGCUGCACAUGUAAAAAUAAUUGGGAAGAUGCUGGGUUAGGCCUGGCUCCUCUCCCUUGCCUCCGGGGUCUUUAGCCUGAGGGCCAGAAAGCCUUUUUGUCUCAAAGCCAGGCACAUCUCUAUGCACAUGAAAGUUGGCUCAGCCCUAAAGCCCCCAGGCCAGCUUCUCCCUGACAUUGGGAGGGCAGCGGCAGAGGGGUCUGUCGGGCAGUGUCAGGAGACCGGCCGGCCGACCGCAAGGCUCACGGAGGACAGGCCUGGAGGCUGCCUUGCCUCGUUUCCGUCUCUGACUGACGGAAGGAGGAGCUGCAGGUGGAUCUCCAAAGAGGCCUGGAUAAGUUCCUGUUCUGGACCUGCUUUCAGAGGGCUGAGUUUGACUGUAUUGUGGGGAAAAAAAACCAUAAACAGGAACAAAAUAAGAAACCUAUACCCACCACUGGAGUUAGAUGAGAUCUCCCAUGCACGUGGCAGGAAAAUACUUGAUUCCUCUAGGCCAAAAUCCAAACUAAAGCAUCCCAACCCUUUGUUUGUCCAUCAAAGGCACAGCAGUGGCCUUGAUUGGACCAUGGCAUUCAUAUAGUUUUAUUAAAGAUUUUUUAAAAGGAAGAUGAAAACUAAUACAAACUACUAUAAAGUAAGAAAAGGGAAAGAGAAAGCUAAAAGUGCAAGAAAGGGAAAAAAGUAAAAGAAAUAGAAAAAUGAUACAAAGAACUGGCUUCUGAUUUUCUUUACAGCAGUUUUAAGUACAAUUAUAAAUUUGCCUCUUACUCUUUGGUUACAGUAUAACUCUUCUUUCUAUAAUCCUGUCUAAUUAUUAAAACCAUAAACCAUAAA